UUCAUCGUCACACAAGCACGCAAGCACAAGUCACAGACCUGUGGUGUUCGAUAUAUAUACGUCUCAAAGUGUCCUUGGCAGGACUAACUACUGUAAUACUAGUGACUCGAUGCUGUCUUGGCUGAGUCCUGAAUACCAGAUCGUUGACGACAGCAGUGGCACAGUCAAGAGGAGAAAAAGAAAGGGCCCAACGCUCCCAACCAUGUCCGGCCGGUCGCGACAGCAGCCCGGAUCUGCCUGCGAGGAGUGCCGCAAGAGGAAGCUACGGUGCGACAGGCAGGUGCCGCGGUGUGCGACGUGUGUCGAGGCCGGAAUCACCUGCGAGGUCAACCCUCAUCGCCAACCACGGGGUCCCAAGAAGGGAGACCUCAAAGCUCUCCGGAGCCGGAUUGUUGCACUUGAGCGCUGUCUGAUGGACCAGCAAAGUCCCCUGCCCAGCAGCGGAGAUACGUCCACCGUCGACCUCUCCGAAGAUGGGCCAACCCGCGGGAAUUCAGUCUCGGACGAGGAGCUGUCCUUCUCCAUGCUCAACGAACCUCCGUCAGCCUACGACUGCGGGCUUCCCGAUUUCUCUCAGUUUUCCGAAGAGCCGACACCGAAGCCGGAAAUAAGCCCGACAAGCACCGUGAACUUCAUCCCGGAGCUGAUGCGCGCUGACCUUGACCAACUCUACUUCGACCGCGUGCAGCCAAUCCUCCCGAUCCUCCACCAGGGGCGGUACUUUGCAUGGUGCAGGCAGCCAAGCACGGAAGAGCACUACACGUGCCUGCAAUACGCCAUGUGGACGCUGGCCAUGGCCAUGUCGACGCAGUUCGAGCACAUGAGGGAGAUGCUCUACACGGAGACGAGGCACAUGCUCGAAGCCCAGGACCUGCGCGAGCAGGGCAUGGGCAUCGCUUACGUCGAGCAGGCCCAGGCCUGGCUGCUCAUCACCUUCUACGAGUUCCUGCGGACAAACUACCGCCGCGGCUGGAUCAGCGCCGGCCGGACAUUCCGCCUCAUACAGCUGCUGAGACUGCACGACAUCGACAGCCCCAACGGAGGGGCGGCAAUCUCGGGCCAGGACUGGAUCACGCUCGAGGUCAAGAGGAGGAUCUUCUGGGUUGCUUAUUGCCUCGACCGCUUCAUCAGCGUACGGAAUGAGUGGCCGCUGACACUGCACGAGGAGGUGAUCUGUACGCGCCUACCAUCGGCAGAGGCCGAUUUCCAGAGGGGUCAGCCGACGCAGGUGUGCUUCCUGUCGGAAGCCAUCACGUCGGACAACACGGAGCAGUUCUCGCCCCUUGCAGAGUGCGUCAUCCUGGUGACAAUCUGCGGGCGUGCGCUGUCUCACAGCCAAGUGUCGACGAUCGAGCGCAUCUACGGAAACGAGCCACUGGACUUCUGGCAGCGACAUGAGUGGCUUGACGCCACGCUGACCAAAAGGACCGAAAGCCUGUCGCUCAGGUAUAGCGCCGCAUCGGGCGGCGGCGAUCCCAUGCUGCUCUUCACCCUCAUGGUCUCGCAGGCGACGGUGAUCUACCUCUGCAAGAUUCUCGAGUCCCUGGCCUGGGAAACCGACGAGUACCGUGAUGCAGUCAUCAACUACCAGGAACGGGCCAUCUGGGCCGGCCGCGAGAUUGCCCGCCUGGUACGGGACUACGAAGGGGUCGGGUAUUUCAAGGCCCAUAUCUUCCUCCCAGUUGCCAUAUUCCUCGGCCUGGAGCGCCUUAUCGCACACCGCAACACUCACAAUACCGGCCCCAAUUGGCCCCAGGGCGGGUCGACUGAUGCUGCGAUUGAGGGCUUGCUUGAGGUUCUGCGGAACAUGCAGAGCCUCAACAGUCUUGCCAGUUACCACUUGCAUAUUUUGGAGUCAGGCGCAUUUGCGGAGAUGUCUCCGCUGUCGUGAGGUGGUAAUUAAUUAAUGCAUGCUUGGCUUUCUUUUAUUUUAUUUUUUUGCUAUAGACAAAUAACACAUUACACUUGGCGAG